AAGCACACGCAAGCAGCAGCAACGACCAGGCGGCUGCCAACGUAACGUAACGUAACGCAAGACGUAACGCGAUGCAAGACUUAAGUGAAAAGCUACACGAUGCACACAACGAGCAGCUGGGCAGGCAUUUGGUGGCCAACAUGAGCAUUGACACGGGCGAAACGUUGCUGGAGGAGCAGCCGCUGCUGGUGGCGCCGCAGUGGGAAUGCAGUCAGCUGAAGUGUGCGCAAUGCAUGCAGGAAUCGUAUGUGAUGUGCCGCAAGUGUCAGGUGUUUCCACUCUGCAUGGACUGCAGCGAGCAUGAUGACUACGAAUGCGAGUUCUUUGCCAGCGGCGCCGGCAAGCAGCUGAGCAAGGAUUUGCUGAUCAAACAUUAUGGCAUUUGUGCGCUGCUGAAGCUGCUGCUGCUGCUGGAGCAGCCAAGCAAACGUGCGCUGUGCCUGGCACUCAUAGAGCAGCCAGUGCAGCUGCAACAAUAUCGCAAUGCUGAGGGCAUGUGGCAGGAGCAUGAAGAGCAAGUGGUGCGUCCACUGCUGGCAAGUGGACUCACACAGCUGCUGAGCAAUGCUGAGCAGUUAACAGCAGAUGAGCUGCAUGCGCACUGCAUACGCCUGGAUAGUCAUGCCUAUGAGGUAACUGCGCGCGAUGGCGACACCUUGAAGGGCAUUUAUGUAUACGGCGCCAGCUUGCCGCACAAUUGUGUGCCCAACACCGUUAUAGCGCUGGAUGAGCAGUUCAAUCUCAAGCUGUAUGCUGCAGUGCCGCUGCAGUCCGGCGACAUUAUCUACACUAGCUAUGCAAAUCCUUUAAUGGGCACCAGUCAGCGGCAACAUCAGCUGCGUCUUAGUCGGCAUAUGGAAUGCGCCUGCGCACGCUGCUUGGAUCCCACCGAGCUGCAGACGCACAUGAGCAGCAUCAAGUGCAAGCAGUGUGCGGAUGGCUAUGCCUGCUGCGAUUUAGCAGGCAGCGGCGACUGGCGCUGCUGCAAUGACAACUGUGCUGCGCUUAUGCCCGCAGCUAUGGUCAAUGAGCUGCUUGUCGAAGUGGGCAGCGCACUGGUCGACGCCAAGGGUGAUCUGGGCAACUAUGAAGCGCUGCUGGAGCAGCACAAACAGCUGCUGCAUCCAAAUCAUUUCAUACUGGUGGACAUUAAGCAAAACAUUGCCAGCAUCCUGCGUGCGGCUGCUUUGCUGAAUGCCAUGAAUGCACCCAGCAAGAAAUUGCUGGCGCGCCGCGUCGAGCUCUGCGAGCAGCUGCUGCCCAUUUGUCGCGCCGUUGUGCCUGGCAUAUCCAAGCUUUAUGCCAUAGCGCUAUUUGAGUAUCUGCUGGCGUUUGUCGAGCUCAUUGAGCUGCAGUUUGCCGACGGCGAUGUGGAUAAAAAACAAUAUGCAUCGCAGCUAGCACGUGCGCGUCUGGCGGCCAAGGAGGCAUUGGAGCUGCUGCAGUACGAGCCGGAAAACUCAGCCGAGGGCUUUCUUAUUGAACGCAUUAGCAUGGAGCUGGAGCGCAUUGAAUCAGAUUUAAUGAAAUAUGGCAAGCUUUAGUUUUCUGCUUAAAAUUAAAAGAUUUGCUCGCUAUACAAAAAUAAA